CAUACUCGAAGCCAACUGCCGCAAAAAACCAGGAUGAUGAGUCCUUAAGCAGGGAGAGGAGCGGCAGGAGGAGGGAGUCCACCACAUAUCAAACUCUGUGCUGUAGCAUAUGCGGCUAAAUCAUAAAACUGCCAGCUAAAGCUAUGUAGCCUGUGCAACCUGCUCUCUGGCAUUCACGGGGACACGAGAAGAGCCGGGGUUUUCUUCUUUCUUUUUAAAGUUUUUAACUGUGAUAUUUUUAAUACUAUCCGGGAACAGCAGCAGCAGCAGCAGCAGCAACAACAACAACAACAACAUCAUCAGCUGGCGUUUAGCAUUAGCGGCCAAGCUUCCCGGAAGGAGGCCGCCGCAGCGCCGGGUGGAGGUUUAACUUUCCCUGCCCUGACGUCCGCACCGAAGUGAUAUAAACCCAAAUGAUAAACUGAUAUUUAUUUCCUCUCGGUAAGAAUGGAUUCCUCUUUGGGGAUAUGCGGCGAGGAAUGCUUGGCAACUGUAAAAUGCCUGGAGGUGAGGUCUGGCCAGAAGGAGCCCAGACUCCUGUCACUAAUUGAACGCGGUGGAGAGUUUAUACUGGGUGUUUUAGCCAACCCUGAUGCUGUUGUGUCUCGUCCAGUGGCUCAGCUAUCGAUACCCAUCAAUGCUAAGUUUGAAAUUGUACGAGAAGCUGAAGAAGCUCUUCUUAUUGAUUUGUCAGUAGAUCCUUCCGUUAAAGUACGAAUCAAAGGAGAAAAAGCCCCAGAGCUGCUGUUGGAACUGCAGGAUGAUGAUCGGACUCAGACUUUCCUCACCCAGGUGAAGAGUGCUCAACUAGCAGUCAAACCUGCCAAACCAACAGCAAUGGAGCCCAUUACACCAACACCACAGAGAACUCCAGUACCUGUCCCUCCACAAAGGGUUGCCAAGACAGCUAACCCACCCAAACCUACUAGUGCAGUGCCCCCGAGUCUUAACAACAACACUCCAUCAACUCUGAAUAACACAAAUCCAAUUCAGUCACUUGUUCCAGACUUUGGCUUUGAGAACAACCACACUUUCCAAGUGGAAGAAAAGAAAAAUCACCAGAAUCGCAUAGUUGCCUCUAGGGAGCCUCCACCUGUCCCUCCACUACCUCCUCGCAAAGCUUCUUCUAUUCCAUCCAAUCCUCUGCCUCCUGCUCCAGUCCCUAAAGACAGAGCUGCCUCCUUACAGGCCAAAGACAGCUCCUCAGUCACUAGCAGCAAGUCAGAUAGUUUUAGGUCAGGGUUUGACCGUGCAGACAGGCCACCAUCUUGGUGUGAGAGCCCCACCACUAACAGCAUGAGACAGGCCAUGUUCUCCACCCAGGCAGGUCAGAGAGAAUACCUCAUCAAACACCGCCUGGGCAAGAAGGAGAAGGAGUAUGUGGAUAUCCGGCCCUUCAAGUUUUUCACAGGUACGUGGAAUGUGAACGGUCAGUCUCCAGACAGCAGCCUUGAGCCGUGGCUCUGCUGUGACCCUGAACCUCCAGAUAUAUAUGCUCUUGGUUUUCAAGAAUUGGACCUGAGCACUGAGGCUUUCUUCUACAUGGACUCAUCCAAAGAGCAGCUGUGGGUCGAUGCUGUGGAGAGAAGCCUGCACCCAAAAGCCAAGUACAAGAGGGUUCGGAUCAUACGACUCGUUGGGAUGAUGCUUGUAGUUUAUGUUAAAAAGGCAUACAAGAAUCACAUAAAAGAUGUGGCUGCUGAGCACGUGGGGACAGGAAUCAUGGGAAAAAUGGGGAACAAAGGAGGCGUAGCAGUGAGGUUUGUUUUCCACAACACUAGCUUCUGCAUCGUCAAUUCCCAUCUAGCAGCACAUGUGGAAGACUUUGAGCGCCGCAAUCAGGACUAUAAAGACAUAUGUGCACGCAUGACCUUCCACUUACUGGACUACCCUCCUCUCAGCAUCGUCAAGCACGAUGUUGUAAUCUGGCUCGGGGACCUAAACUAUCGUCUAUUUAUUACCGAUGCUGCUGACGUCAAACAAUACAUUAAUCAGGGUGAUCUAAAGAAGCUUCAGGAGUAUGAUCAGCUGAACGUUCAGAGGCAGACAAAGAAGGCCUUCACAGACUUCAUGGAAGGGGAGAUUAACUUCAUUCCCACAUACAAGUUUGACCCUAAAACUGAUCGAUGGGACUCCAGUGGGAAGUGCAGAGUCCCAGCUUGGUGUGACAGAAUCCUGUGGAGGGGCAGCAGUGUCAAGCAGAUAGUAUACCGGAGUCACAUGAGGAUGCAAACUAGCGACCACAAGCCCGUCAGCUCCCUCUUUAGUAUAGGGGUGAAGGUGGUAGAUGAGCAGCGCCACAAGAAGGUGUUUGAGGAGAUUGUUCGUGCAAUGGACAGGAUGGAAAAUGACUGCCUUCCAUCUGUUUCUCUAAGCAGGAGAGAGUUUACAUUUGAGAAUGUCAAGUUCAGGCAGCUUCAAAAGGAGCGCUUCCUUAUAAAAAAUGAUGGGCAGGUACCCUGUCACUUCGCCUUCAUCCCCAAACUUAAUGACUCGCAGUAUUGCAAGUCUUGGCUGCGUGCUGAGCCCAGUGAUGGAAUGCUGGAUCCAAAUGAGACUCUGGAGAUCUAUCUGGAGGUGUAUGUCAGUAAAGACUCUGUCACACUGCUCAAUUCUGGAGAAGACAAAAUAGAGGACAUCCUGGUGCUUCAUCUGGACCGUGGCAAAGACUACUUUAUUACAAUCUCAGGCAAUUACCUGCCCAGCUGCUUUGGCACCUCGCUGGAGACUCUGUGCCGCAUGAAGAAGCCCAUCAGAGAAAUCCCCAUUACCAAACUCAUUGACCUGGGAGAGGACAGCUACAUGGAGAAGGAAAAGUCCAAGAUGAACUUCCUGAUGGUGGAUGGAGCCGGUACUGAGGACAAACCUCUGAAGAUCCCCAAGGAGGUGUGGAUUCUGGUCAAUCACCUCUACACAAAGUCCUGUGAUCAGGAGGACUUAUUUCAGACACCAGGCCUACAGGAAGAGCUGCAGAGCAUCAUCGACUGUCUGGACACCAGCAUCCCUGACUCCAUCCCUGGUUGUAACCACUCUGUGGCUGAGGCACUGCUGAUCUUCUUGGAGGCUUUGCCAGAGCCAGUGGUGUGCUAUGAACUCUACCAACGGUGCCUAGACUGCUCUAACGACACCCGCCUCUGCAAACAGUUGAUCUCCCAGUUGCCCCGGGCUCACCGCAAUGUGUUUCGCUACUUAAUGGCCUUUCUGAAAGAACUUCUCAAACACUCACAGAACAACAAUCUAACAGCCAGUCUCCUUGCUACCCUCUUUGCCAGCCUCCUCAUUCGACCACCUCCCAAUUUUGUGGGCAGGCAGACGUCACACGAGCGCCAGAAAGCCAUCGAUUUUGUUCUGGGUUUCCUAAUGGCCGGAGAUGAGGAGUAACAUUGAGGGUUAAUUAUGGUGUCAGUUUGGUCUGGAGCUGAUUCCAAGCCUGGCUCUUCGGUUGUAAAGGACCUGGUGUUUUGACAUCUACUGGAGACCAGUGCAGUUUUUCUGCACCCUACCUUUUACAAACUGUCGUGUUAAUAUGUAAGGUACCGAAGACUCUUAUUAGAACUGUCAUAUCUUCAGUCCAUGCACAAUAGGACAAGUUGCAGGAUUUGGAAGCAUUUGGGAGAGGUUUGAACUGAUGCACUUUGUGAUGACCCAAAGGACCCGUGCCUCCUGACUAGAGUUGACACUUCUUCAUGUAGGUGCUCUUGCCAAAAUAACCCCUAAGCCGUGAGUGUUAUAAAUGUGAAAACACUAUAUAUAUAGAUAUGUAUCCAUAGAUGCUAAAUAGGAGACUCACUUACACUAAAGAAAUGAAGAGACUGCCUUAGGUUUUAAUAAAUGGACUGAAGAUGUUUAAAUAUAUUGUUAAAAUAGUUUGAAAUGGGAUGAUCAUAGAAAUCUGUCACUAAGAAGUUUAUGCUUAAGAUAAAUCAUGACAAUCAUUUGUUUUGCAGCGUUUAGCUGAGGGGACAAUAUUAAGAUACCUUUGAGCUUAUCCAUGGUAUUUUAACUGUUUAUUUAUGUUUUUGUUUUCCUCCAAUUUACUUUCAGUUUUAAAAAUGUUUAAUUGAGCGUCUUCUUACUUGUUUUUAUCACCCUGUUGUAGAAAACUCUUGGUUGUGAGUGUUUGCUGUGUUUUGUGUAACUUCAGCCGUCAGCCUUACCUCCAGUUUCCUCAUUUCCUCUUGACUUGCGAAACAAGUCUGUUAACACACUAACUUCCUGGUCAAUCGGAAUCGGGUGGAGAUCUCACUCUUUUCUGGUGGUGUAAAUAGUGACUGUUUACCUGUUUCCUGGUUGUUUGACUGUCUGCUGGUAUGAAUCUGUGAUGGUGUUCAGUUUGUCCUGAAGGUGGUACUGUUGGUGUGCGUCUACAUGUGUUUACAUGUCUUCUCCUUCACUUUUGCCACAUCUUAAAGCUCUUUAUUCAUUGUUUUAGGCAGUUCUGUCCCCUUAGGGUAAAUCCAAAAGACUAAUGUUCUCAUUUGAACUCAUGCAGCAUUUUCUGGGUGUGAAAUUAGCAGAUUUUAAUGGCUCAUUACUCUGCAGGAAACUGCCUGUCUUUGUGCCACAGAGGAUCAUUCUGUUCUGUAGCCGAUUCUCUGUAAUAAGGAACUUCUAAGGCCCAUUUCCUCUGAAACAGUUUAACCCAUAAGCUUUUCACAUUGAUGAUGUAAUAAUUUACCCAUGAUACCAGAAAAACCAGAGUUUUUUCACACAUGCCCCAGGACCUUUGCAGACGACAUAUACACAUGAUGCAAUGUGAAAAUGCUGACAAUCGUGACACUUGUUGGUAAGUGUUGGUCUGAAGUAACUCAUUCUGCCUUAUUACCAUCCUUACUCCAAAAUCCUCUGUUGGCCUUUAUCAAACUGAGAUUUGCCAAACGGUGGCAUGAGCCUAUGGAACAGUUAUAUUGGGGAUUUUUUUUUUAUUUUUUAUAUAUAUAGAUUUGGGAGAACUGUUUUACAACAACCUUUCAUUUUUGUCUGUAGAAAUACAACCCUCAUGAUGUCAAACAAGAAUCAGUGUAAUCACUACCCUCUGA